AUGGCCAAGCUCGCAGCCUUCCUGGCAGCCCUCCUCCUGGUGGCCCACGCCUCGGCCGCCUUCGGCUCCACCAUCACCACCGUCGAUACCGACGUCGUCGACGACCGCCCCAGCCGCCGCGGCAGCGAGCAAUGCCGCCAGCAGGUCCAGCAGCGGGACCUGAGCCACUGCUCCAGGUACCUGAGGGAGGAGCAGCAGCAGGAGCAGCGGGGGGGCCGCCGAGGGGGCUACGACGAGGGCGCCGACGCCGAGGAACUCAAUGGCCAGGCGGAUUUCCAGCGGUGCUGCAACGAGCUGAGGAUGAUAAGGGACGAGAGGUGCAGGUGCGAGGGGCUGCGGAUGGAGUUGCAGCAGGAGCAGGAGAGGGGCUUCAUGAGGCCUCGGGAGAUGAGCCAGAUUAUGCAGAGCGCUCGAAGGUUGCUCAACAUGUGCAGGGUGGGGCCUACUGAGUGCGACUUUGAAAUGUCCACCUAUUGA